AAGAUAUCUUUGAGCGUGCGCGGGUUAAACAAAUGUCAAUAAAAAACUCAAAGGAGUCAGCUGUUUACGUAAAUCAGAUAGAUGGCUAUUGGCGCUUUUCCCGCCGCUAAAUUAGGUGUUUUGGCCAUAAAACAGAUAAGCAAACCUAUAGCUAACGUAAUUAAAAGUAAUGCCAAGCAGAGUCCUAUAUUUCGCAAAUAUGUUUGUAUGCCACCGGCUCAGUUAUACAAUUGGGUUGAAGUCAAAACGAAAAUGUGGGCGCUGAAUUUGGGCAAACCCGUAGCUGUACCGCCGCUAAACGAGGCUAUGGCCAUUGAGUUGGGCGCCAAUUUGCUUGGCGAAGCCAUUAUUUUUGUGAUUGGUGCAGCAGUACUUAUAUUCGAAUAUACGCGUCAAUCUAACAAUGAAUCGAAAAAGCAAGAAACAAUUCGGCAUGAAAAAGCCGAAUUAGCAAUAACACUGGCUGAAAUGGGCUUCCGUUUAGAACGCCAAGAUGCACAAAUUAGGGAAAUGACGCGGGCGUUGGCAGAUUUAGAAUCACGUAAUAUAUUCAAAUGGACUCGUGAAACAAUAGCUGAAUACCAGCCUUUCAAUCCAAAUACACCCGAUCAAACCAAUACCGUUGUUAAAGACUUCGUUGGUGAUUAUGAUCCGAAUGGUGGCCUGCUGUACAGAGCAUUAAAUUUUUUAGAGACGCAUGUUUUUGUUGAUGGACGUAAGAGCAAAGAAACCACUCUACUUUUACCUGUAAGCAAUAACUUGGACAUCGAACCGUAUGUACAUGUGGAAAGUGAAGCGGUGCAAAAAAAUGUUACAACAAAACAAAGAGCGUGAAUUACUCCAGUUGAAUAAUGAGCUAGCCAAGUUGGAAUAUGCGAUCAAAACGGCUACAAAACAAAAAUAAAACAUCCGUUCUACAGUGUAAUUAUAAGUUUUUUACGUAUUUGUAAUCUUAUUUAACAAGUCUAUUACAAUUACUCGUUGAUCAAAUGAUGUAAACGUACAAGUUUUAUUUUCUAUCCUGCCUGAGGAUUUAAUUUGCAUUUGCGCUUAAAAUGUGAUUCUUUGUAUUCGAGCAAACUUAGUUCAGUACUGCAGAUCCAUAUUUAUAUGUAGGUUUCAUACAUUCUGGUUGUAAAUAUUGCUUAUUUUGUAGGACCCAAAAGUGUUUUAAUGCUUGAAAUUUGAAUAAAAAGUGGUAAUAAAAAUA